AGGAAACGGACUAAAAACCAGCUCUGUCGGCACUGCGUUUGAUGUCCGCAUCAUGAAUAUUCCCAUCGUUCCUGCUCUGCGCUAGCUGUAGUGCGGCCGUGCUGGAGGCAUUUAUAGCCCACUUCCCAAUUGGCUACUUCUCUCGCGUCCGUUGUUUUUUUCUUGGGAUCGAUUUUCUUUGGCAUCGAUUGCGUCAACGGCCCAGUGCUUGUACGAUAAGCUCUCUUCUGAUUCUUGUGCUGUUCCACCACCCAACAGCCAGCCAACCUUAUUGCCGCCAUUGAGGGCUUGCUGCUGUCUCCAGUGCCUGGUGCCGCCCGAGACUAAAACCCGGCUGGAUCGGCUUUUUACCUGUCUGUCUGGGUCGGCUACCUGCACUGCCUGCUGCCUGCACUGCCAGUCUAGAUCGGUCGUGGCACUCGAGUCCAACAUAAACGGGCCACAAAGACAUAAAAAAGAAAAACCACACCGUGCUCGGCAUGGCUGCUAGAGAACGAAGGCCCUCGCCGCGUCGUCGCGGGACCGGCCCCGUGCUCACCUUCUCGACGGACGAGAGGCAGCCGCUGCUCCCCAGGAGGGAACAGGAACGGCCCAACCAGCGCGAGCCACCGCCGCUGUCCUCGUGCGUGACAAACAGCCACCAGCACCUGCCCGUCUACACAAACAUCCACAGGAUCCGCCGCGACAUCGUGGCCAUCGUCGAGGACUACCUCACCCUGGACCAGCUGCGGGACGUGCGCAUCAACAUCUCGGUCGUGCGCCCCCUGGUCGACAAGCUGUAUGGGCUAGACGACAUCUCUAUAGUGUACUGCCUGCUCGUGAACCGGGUCCAAUUUUUGUAUGAACAGGCGCACCUGAACAACCGCCAAAAUGUCAACUUUGCUCGCGCAACCCUCUGCGAGCUGGUUGCAACUAGGAUCCUGCGCCGCUUCAGCGAGGACAACCCUGGAAAUGACGGCCUCUUGGUCCUGGCCCACAUCCUGGUUGCCGGCUUCCACCCCUUCCAGAACGCCCCUGAUGACUUGUUCCGUGACGAGCAGCUGUCAGGCGAGCGGAUACAUCACAGAUCGCUCCCGACUCUCGAGAUUGCCAUUCUAGGCGAGAGCAAGUUGUUUCUGAGCUCCACGAGCUGCCAGAAAGUCAUCGAUGCCAUAUACACGGGCAGGAUCACCUACACCCCAUCUAGCUACCUCAACAUCAUCCCGGAUCGGUACAAGCAAAAGCCAAUAUCUCUGUACGACCCUCGGGAUGCCUCCCUGUUGAAUCAGUACCGGCUCAUCGUUCCGCGCACCCGGAACAUCCUCGAGGUCAGCCAGUUCAUCAUCCUGCUUGGUUUGUACCUGAGCUUCAUGGCCGAGCGCAAGGUCUCCAAGAUCAGCAUCAUCGAGAUCUGCUUCGCCGUCUACGCCUUUGGCUGGGUGCUGGACAGCUUUGCUGCCAUCCUCGAGCACGGCUGGCACGUUUACACGCAGAACCUGUGGUCGUUUCUCGACGUGGCCUUUUCGUGCAUCUACUGGAUUUAUCUGGUGUUGCGCAUCUACGGCCUGCACAUGGGCCUCGACGAGCCCGGCCAGCAGGCGCUUGACGUGCUCGCCAUGGCCGCCCCCGUGCUCAUCCCGCGCCUCGCCUUCAACCUGCUCUCGGACAACCUGCUCUUUGUGUCGCUCCGGGCCAUGAUGUCCGACUUCACCCUACUCUCGGCCUUGGCCGCCUGGUGUUUUGGAGGCUUCAUGCUCUCGCUCAUCUGGCUAGGCGGGAACAAACACGAGCCGUUGACGAUAGCCGAGUGGAUGCUCUGGAUAUGGUUCGGGCUCGACGGUACGGGUAUUCAUCGCUCCGUCGAGUUCCACUGGCUACUGGGUCCUAGUCUCAUGGUGGCCUUUACAUUUUUGGGCAACACCCUUUUCCUCACCAUUCUCGUCUCGAUGCUUUCAAAUACGUUUAGCACUAUUGUCCAAAACGCGACAGCCGAAAUCCAGUAUCGCCACGCUGUGCUGACCCUUGAGGGAGUCAAGGCAGACGCCAUUUUUGCCUACCAGCCACCAUUCAACAUCAUCGCCAUGCUCAUCCUGCUUCCACUCAAGUGGAUCGUAUCGCCACGCAAGUUUCACACCAUCCACGUGGCCAGCGUGCGGACUCUCAACCUCCCAUUGCUCCUCGCAAUCGCGCUGGCCGAGCGGUGGUUCCUCUGGCCAAACGAGGACGGCAGCAGCAACACGGGCGGCACCAACACGGGCCUGGACACCGAGUCGCUGCGACCAGGAACGGCGCAGCAGGCCUCGGGCUCGUGGCCCUGGCAGUGGUCCUGGGACUGGUGGCACAUCACGGCCCACGGAGACAUCCAGGACGUCUUUGAGAUCCAGCCGCCGCGCAGCGUGCGCGACGAAAUCGCCGUCGAUGACGACCUGACGCGGCACCUCAUCCGCCGCCAGUUCACGCGCCAGAUGAGCCACUCCAACGGGUCGGGCGCGGCGUCGGUCCAGAGCAGUCAGAAGCUGGGUGUCGCGGCCCAGAACAACUCUGGCGGCACGGUGAGCCCGGCCGCGGCGGACGGCCAACAUGCGGCGGCCCAGGGGCAAGGGCAAGGACAAGGACAGGGCCAGGGGCAAAGCCCGAGCCAGAGCCAGAAUCGGGAGCAAGGGCGCGGGCGCGACCCGGACAAGCGCUCGCCCCGGCCGCUGGGACGGCGCGACAGCAUCGACCCGUUCCUGGUGGAGCAGCUGCGGCGGGUGGCCGGCUCGGACGACAUGACGGCCAUCACGGACCGGCUCGACUCGCUCGAGGAUGCCAUGUCGCGCAUCGAGGACAUGAUCUCGCGGCUCUGCGGGGACUCGGCCUCGGAGACGGCCGACGAGCUCGCGGCCGCCGGCAAGGCGGGCACGCUCAAGGACUUGGAUCAGACCUCGCUGAACGAAUAGGAAGCGUCCAAGGGGUGCUGAGCAUGGUCGUUGUUGUCGCGCGCUUGGGUGGGAGUAGUGUCAGCAUGAGAUAAUAUUGCAGAGGUGGUUCUGGGUCGGGGUCUGUUGUUUAGCAAGCGUUGUAGAUGUUGCUACUUUGCCUAUUAUCGGGGCCUCGACGACUUCGGCUUCAUUAAAGAUCAUGGUCUAGGUCGGGGUUCGUCGUCUAGCAAGCGAUGUAGAGGUUGUUGCUUUGUCUAUCGUUUGGGGUCUCGACGGCUCUGGCUUCAUCAAACAUCAUGGUCUAGGUCGGGGUCUGUCGUUUAGCAAGCGAUGUAGAUAAUGCCGCUUGAUUUAUCGCUUAGGCCUCAGCGGCGCAGCCUUUAUCAAAACGCCAAGGUCUAUCAUAUUCGG